AUGGCUUCCAAACCUCUUAUCCCUUCUCCAGAUCUCCGUGUCCGUAUCAUCAACACCGAAAGCAGACUUGCACUCUACUCAAAUGCGCGAGAUAAACUAGGACUCAACCAUGUUGACAUUUCGAUUCCUUACCGUGACCAGUACUGGUAUGUCAGGCCGGGUCAAGGCAAAAAUGCAGGCCUAUACUUAAUUGUAUCUGACUACAACGAUCGCGCCAUUUAUGUCGAUUUUGAAAAUGGUCUCCAGUGGGGCCCUGCUGGAACUUCUGCUCCUGCAGGCAGCUCGGAUCUCCAGUAUUUCGAUUUGGCACAGCAACAAGGCAAAGGUAUUCGAGCAGGUCAAUUCCGCAUCUAUAAUCCCACUAACGACGGAGUUCUUUUCUCAAGAACAAAUCAACAAUACGAGAUUGGGUGUGUCUCAAAUGCCAUGGGGACCUUCAAUGACCAAUGGUUCACCUUUGAAGCGGAACCACUGGAACUCAUCAACAUUGAAUUUGACCUCAAGAAUACUGUCACGGAAUCUGUCCGACCCGUGAAUAUUCACUCACAAGAAGCGACAAAUGACACUUCGGAACCACAAACACCCCUGAUCGAGGUUCUAAAGACUACAGAACAACAGUACACUUUUGAGUCUGAAGUUGGGCUCGAGCUUGGCAUUUCGACUAAAUUCAGUUCUGGGAUCCCUGUCGCCGCAAAGGCUGAGGUAAAGAUCAGUGCGAAGAUCCAUACAAACUUGUCGUGGGGCAUUGCGAACAGUCAUUCUCAGACCUGGAAAAGCUCUGUUCCCUUGAACGUCCCCGGACACAAGACUUACAAGGUUACUAUGACUGUGACCGAAUACACCAUCAGAGUGCCCUUCAAAGCGAAAUGGAAAUCUCCGGCAACCAAGAAGACGAUCGUUACUGAAGGGGUUUUCAAGGGUAUCAACAGUUCGGAAUUAAAGACCAACUACUACGAAGUCCACAAAACAAAGACUCCUUGA